CGCGAGAGGCCGCUCGCCCGACCCUGACAUCGACUGUGGGAGCAGCGGCCAGGGAAGACCAGACCAUCUGUAAUUCAAGGUACAGUUGAAGUCCUAACCUCUUUAAUGCAAGAGCUACAAAACAGUGGAAGGACUGAUUCGGAACUUUGGAAAAACUGUGAGACCAGGUGGUUACAACUAUUCAAUUUGGUGGAAAAACAAUGCCAACAACAGAUAGUUGCCCAGCAGGAACAGUUCCACAACCAAAUUCAACGAAUACAAGAGGAGAUAAAAAAUUUAGUCAAGUUACAGACCAGUAAUACUUCCUGGGCUUCCUCCGAUAGUUCUUUAAGCAAACAGUUAUCUUCAGAAAGUCAAAUGGGUUUUUUUUCUGAAAACAGUGAGAGAAAUGAACCUAUUAUCAGUUAUCCUAAGUCUACAGAACCCGAAAUGCAGCAAGAAACGUCCACGUCACAACCAGACUGCAAUGUGGAUAGUAGCUCAGUGAGCAGUGGGUAUGGUACCUUUUGUGUCUCUGAAUUAAAUGCCUACAAAUCUAAGGACCCUCAGGAGUUCAUGGAGCACCCAGAAGUUUCUGAAGGACAGUUUGGAGCACCUUUGGGGCAGACGGAGUCACUUGUAGAUGGUGUAAAAAACAAGAGUUUUCAUAUACAUACCACUGAAGAGUUUUGCGCAUCUGUAAAGGAAGGUAUUUCCAUUUUUCCUGGUGAAUUUGAACACGAUUUUCUUGGCGAAAAUAAGAUUUCAGAAGUAUACAGUGGAAAAACAAACAGUAAAUCUGUAACAUCAUGGGCACAAAAGCUGAAGCAGAACCAACCAAAGAGAGCACUUACAGAAGACGGGUGUUCAAAAUCUAUGCAAGGAAAUGAGCAAGCCAAGAAGUCACCAGUUGAGAAAUCUAAUUUCACUGCUGCUAAGCAUCCUCAUGCUUUUUACCUCAAUAAACCAGAUGAGAGUCCGAAUUCUUGGAUGUCUGAUUCAGGAACAGGACUGACUUAUUGGAAGCUGGAAGAGAAGGACAUGUAUCACUCUUUGCCUGAGACUCUAGAGAAGACGUUUGCACCGGCCUCCUCCACAGAUAGGUCCCCAAGCCAGUCUAAUACUAUUAAUGAGAUGAAGCUACCAUCACUGAAGGAUAUUUAUCAUAAAAAACAAAGGGAAAACAAGCAGUUACCUGAGAGGAAUCUCACUUCUGCUUCCAACCCAAAUCAUCCACCAGAGGUACUAACUCUAGAUCCAACGUUACACAUGAAGCCAAAUCAGAUUUCAGGGAUUCAACCACAAGGCUUUUUGAAUGCCCUUGAUGACAGAAUAUCCUUUUCACCAGACUCUGUUCUAGAACCUAGUAUGUCUAGUCACUCUGACAUAGACUCAUUUUCACAAGCAAGUAAUAUCGCUUCUCAGUUAUCUGGAUUCCCAAAAUAUCCUUCAAAUACAAAAGCUUCACCAGUGGACUCUUGGAAAAAUCAUGGAUUCCAAAAUGAAAGUAGGACCAGUUCCACGUUUCCUUCAGUUUAUACUAUUACUAGUAAUGACAUCUCGGUGAACACUAUAGAUGAAGAAAACACUGCCGUAGUAACCUCAGCCUCAGUCAGUCAGUCCCAGCUUCCAGGGACAGUCAGCAGUGUCCCAGAAUGCAUUUCCUUGGCUUCCCUGGAAGAUCCUGUGAUACUGUCCAAAAUUAGGCAGAACCUGAAGGAAAAGCAUGCUCGACACAUAGCGGAUCUUCGAGCUUAUUAUGAAUCAGAAAUAAAUAGUUUGAAACAGAAACUGGAGGCAAAGGAAAUUUCUGCAGUUGAAGAUUGGAAGAAAACCAACCAAAUUCUUGUAGACAGAUGUGGCCAUUUAGAUAGUGCUCUGAAUGAAGCUACCAGUCGUGUGAGAACGCUUGAAAAUAAGAAUAACUUACUGGAAAUAGAAGUCAGUGAUUUCAGAGAACGCUUCAAUGCAGCCAGCAAUGCUUCCAAAAUUUUGCAGGAACGGAUUGAGGAAAUGAGAAUAAGUAAUAAAGAAAAAGACAAUACCAUCAUUCGACUAAAAUCUCGACUGCAGAAUUUAGAAGAAGCAUUUGAGAAUGCUUACAAACUCUCAGAUGAUAAAGAAGCAAGACUGAAACAAGAAAACAAAAUGUUUCAAGAUCUCUUAGGAGAAUAUGAGUCCCUUGGAAAAGAACACGAAAGAGUAAAGGAUAUAUUAAAUACAACUGAGAACAAAUUGCUUGAUGCACAUACUCAGAUUUCUGAUUUGAAAAGAACAAUUUCAAAACUUGAAGCUCAGGUCAAGCAAGUAGAGCAUGAAAAUAUGUUAAGUCUUCGCCAUAGUUCUAAAACUCCCAUGAGAUCCUCACGUGCCAACACACUGGCCACCUCCGACGUCAGCAGGCGCAAGUGGCUGAUACCAGGAGCGGAGUAUUCCAUCUUUACUGGCCAGCCUUUGGACACCCAGGAUAAUAGAGUGGAUAACCAGCUAGUGGAAACCUGUGCUCCCGGGUACCAUUCUCCUCCGGAAAAGGAUUCUUCAUCUGAAAGUUCACCAAGAAGCUUAUUGAUAAAAAAACAAAGAGAGACUUCAGAUACACCAAUCAUGAAAGCUUUAAAAGAACUCGAUGAAGGAAAAAUAUUUAAAAAUUGGGGCACACAGACAGAGAAAGAGGACACCUCAAAUACGAAUCCUCGGCAAACUGAAAUGUCAGUCAGUGCAAGUCGGUCCCCAGAGAAAUGUGCCCAACAAAGACAGAGGAGGUUUAAUUCUGCUUCACAGAGAUCCUCAUCUUUACCACCUUCAACUCGUAAAUCAAGUACUCCAACAAAAAGAGAGAUUAUGUUAACACCAGUGACUGUGGCUUAUAGUCCAAAGCGAUCCCCUAAAGAAAAUUUGUCCCCAGGAUUUAGUCAUCUACUGAGCAAAAAUGAAAGCAGUCCAACUCGAUUUGAUAUACUUUUGGAUGAUUUAGAUACUGUUCCUGUGUCUGCAUUACAACGUACCAAUCCAAGAAAACAACUCCAGUUUCUUCCUCUAGAUGACUCAGAAGAAAAAAAAUACUCAGAAACAGCCACCGACAUCCAUGCUAAUCAUAGCUCUUCUCCCGAACUGUUGCCAAAUGGAGCGAAGAAAGUGUCUGUGAGAUCAGCCUGGGAGAAGAAUAAAUCAGUUAGCUAUGAGCAGUGUAAGCCCGCGUCAGCAGCACCACAUGGUAAUGAUUUUGAGUAUACAGCAAAAAUUAGGACCCUAGCUGAAACGGAACGGUUUUUUGAUGAACUUACAAAAGAAAAAGACCAGAUUGAGGCAGCACUAAGUCGAAUGCCUUCUACUGGAGGACGAAUCACUCUGCAGACAAGAUUAAACCAGGAAGCCUUGGAAGAUCGUUUGGAAAGGAUUAAUCGAGAACUGGGCUCAGUUCGAAUGACAUUAAAGAAAUUUCAUGUUUUGCGCACCUCUGCAAAUCUCUGAGAUUUGUAGCCAUUAAAUUUUGAGACGUUUUUGUUUGCACUAACAUAUAAUUAUGUACUCAGAAAAGGCAAACUUUUGUACUGUUUAUAAGCCUUCAGAUAGUAGUUUUACAAUCAUGCUAUUCUUUACACUUACUGUUUUAUACUUCAAAUGGCCACAUAUUUUCAAGAUAUUUUUGUUAUGCUCAGGAAUCUCUUGUAUAUUUUACUAUUUAAAAAGUAUUAUUUUUAAAUAGUAUAAGUCUCCAGUUUAUAUCAAUAGUAAGGAAAUGUAAACAGGGGAGGCAGCUUGUUUCUAAACAAAUAGUGUUAUCCUUUUACAGUUAACUUUGCACACUAAUUUUAUACUUGUUCUACAUUGUGAAUAUGAUUCUUUUUUUAAAUAAAUGCUUAAGAAUAGCUUCUAUAAUAAUAGACUAAUACAUGCUGAAUGCAAAAAAAAAAAA